UGAGGGGAAGCGAACGCUUAUUAACUCCGUAGGUUGCGCCCUUGUGUGGUUUCAUCUUGUUCUUUGACCGCGUUGGUGGAGUGAGUCUGAGAAGCGGCCGAGUAGCGAGAUUGCUGCCACCACUAUAAAAGUUUAUUGAAGGAAAAUGGAGACAGAGCAGGAAGAGGUUGAAUUCACAAACACAGAGACAAACGGUAAACGUCCAGCUGAAGACAUGGAAGAGGAGCAGGCUUUCAAGAGAUCUAGAAACACUGAUAUGAUGGUGGAACUACGUAUACUGCUGCAAAGCAAAAAUGCAGGGGCAGUAAUUGGUAAAGGAGGAAAAAACAUUAAAGCACUUCGGACAGACUACAAUGCCAGUGUUUCAGUCCCAGACAGCAGUGGCCCCGAGCGUAUACUGAGUAUAAGUGCAGACAUUGAAACGAUUGGGGAAAUAUUGAAGAAAAUCAUUCCUACGUUAGAAGAGUACCAGCAUUACAAGGGAAACGAUUUUGAUUGUGAGUUGAGGCUCUUGAUCCAUCAGUCUUUGGCAGGAGGCAUUAUUGGUGUUAAAGGUGCAAAGAUCAAGGAACUUAGAGAGAAUACACAGACUACAAUUAAGCUUUUCCAGGAGUGUUGCCCUCAUUCUACAGAUCGAGUUGUGCUUAUUGGAGGAAAACCCGAUAGAGUGGUUGAAUGCAUCAAAGUCAUCCUUGAUCUUAUAUCUGAGUCACCAAUUAAAGGCCGUGCUCAGCCAUAUGAUCCUAACUUCUAUGAUGAGACUUACGAUUAUGGUGGUUUUACUAUGAUGUUUGAUGACAGACGAGGCCGACCCAUGGGUUUUCCUAUGCAUGCAAGAGGAGGUGGCUUUGAUCGAAUGCCUCCUGGACCUGGUGGCCGCCCCAUGCCUCAGUCAAGAAGAGACUAUGAUGAUAUGAGCCCUAGACGAGGACCACUCCCACCACCUCCAGGUCGUGGUGGUAGAGGUGGUAGUAGAGCACGUAAUCUUCCUCUUCCUCCACCCCCACCACCAAGAGGAGGGGACCGUAGAGGGAGACCUGAUUAUGAUGGAAUGGGUGGCUCAGGAUAUGGCCGUGGAUCAUAUGGUGAUAUAGGUGGACCCGUCAUAACAACACAAGUCACAAUUCCAAAAGAUUUGGCAGGGUCAAUUAUUGGAAAAGGAGGGCAAAGGAUUAAACAGAUUCGUCAUGAAUCCGGUGCAUCAAUCAAAAUUGAUGAACCAUUGGAAGGAUCAGAUGAUCGUAUAAUUACCAUCAUUGGCACCCAAGACCAGAUACAGAAUGCACAAUACUUGCUUCAGAACAGUGUGAAGCAGUAUUCUGAAGAUUAUUCUUAUGGGUUUUGACUUCUAAACAUUUGAGAGGCACAUGCUCAAGGGUUCUAAUGCUUAAGUGGAUUCCAAAAUAUUUUGUUUAGAGCAGCUACAAUGAAAAACAUGGAUGCUUUCCUCCUCUUUUCGUUGCUUAUGGAUUACAAACCAAGAUCUGGAUCUCUGGAUGCAUUUGUUAAAAUUAACCUGAAUCGCUAAGAAUCCACAAUCUGCGGAGAAUACCCCAACUCCAAGAGAAUUGUACAGAAUUAGUAGAGCUGAAUGAAUAUAACUGCUUUAUGUUAAAGAUAAUUAUAUAUUUUUUUGUUAUGUUCCAAGUUUAGUUAUUACAUGGAGAAUGAAGCUCAGCUUAAGCUGUCCUGUGCAGAUCUUGAUUGAUGGGAUACCUAUUGAUUUUUUUUUUUUUUUUUAAAAAGCAACUAAUUUUUUUUUUUGUACAUUUCUUCCAACAACUCCCCCUUUUUUAGAAUCUUGUUUUGUGAGUUUCCCCCUCCUGAAAUGUCUGUUGCAAUUGGGGAUUUUGUGUUCACUGUAACAAUGUGCCGACUGUACACAUUGCUGUUUUUAUCACUUUUACAUUGGUAUGUUGUAACUGAUAUUGGUCACUUGUGUUAGUGUAUUGAGAUUUGACCAGCUGUGCUCUCAGUUUUUAUCAAUAUAAUUAAAAGUUUAAAGGAUUUUUUUUAUUCCUUUAGAUGUAGCCAAGUGAGCAGUGAAACAUUUGUUUUAUCUGACUAAACAAAAUUGAAAUUUAAACCUA